AUGCUGGGUGUUGUGCAGCCUGUCGAGGAUGUGAAGCAGCGGCUGCGGCCCUUUGGGCUGUUUUUCGAGCGGUCACUAAAGGAUCUGAUCAAGGGCAUCCGGGCGCACGGGGACUCGCCUGAGUCCCUAGAGAAGUAUCUUGCCGAAGAGUUGUCCCACUGCAGGGAGGAGGUGAACUCACUGGACAUGAAUUUGAAGAGCAACGCGGUGUUGAAACUUGCGUACCUCGAGAUGUACGGGUUCGAUAUGUCAUGGGCGAACUUCCACAUCUUGGAGGUUAUGAGCAGCACAGGUAUGCGGAACAAGCGGGUCGGCUACCUUGCUGCGUCGCAGUCGUUUAACCGUGACCCCGAUAUACUCAUACUAAUGACGAAUCUUUUGCAGAAGGACUUGAAGUACUCAGCCACGGGCGGGAACGACACCUAUAAGAUCGGUGUCGCGCUCAGCGGCGUAUCCAGCUUCGUCACGAAGGAUCUGGCAAAGGACAUUGUCCAGGACCUGUUGCUCAUGCUCAACAACUCCAAACCGUACAUACGGAAGAAAACAGUCGUCGCGCUGUUUAAAGUGUACUUGCAGUACCCGGAGUCCCUCAGGGACACCUUCGACCAGUUCGUGUUGAAACUCGAGGACGAGGACCGAUCCGUCGUCUCCGCGACGGUGUCUGUGAUAUGUGAACUGUCCAAGCAGAACCCAAGUAUAUUUAUACAGCUGUCCCCAGUGCUCUACGAGAUACUGGUCACGAUAGACAACAACUGGAUCAUCAUCAGAUUGCUCAAGUUGUUUACAAACCUGUCUAAAGUGGAGCCGAAACUGAAACAUAAACUGCUGCCGAAAAUCGUUGAACUGAUGGACUCGACAAGUGCUACCUCAGUUCUGUACGAGUCCAUAAAUUGCAUCGUCAAGGGUCAGAUGCUCUCGACGGACGACUUCGACGUGGCAAUGAAGUGUCUCAAGUGCUUGAACGAGUUCUGCAUCUCUCAGGACCCAAACCUCAGGUACAUCAGCUGCCUACUGUUUUACAAGAUAGGCAAAAUCAACCCGCAGUUUGUCGAGCAGUUCGAUGAGUUGAUCUUGCACCUGCUGUGCGAUGUCGACGUUUCGAUACGUUCCAAAGCAUUGGAGCUCUUGAACGGGAUCACGCAUGAUGGGAACCUGAAACUGAUCGUCUCCACACUCAUGAAACAGUUUGUCAACGAGGAGGUGGUCGUCAUAGAAAACUACAGAAAUGCGGCCACAAGGGACGUGCCCAUCGUUGUCCCAGAGGAUUACAAAAUCAAGCUGGUAACGACUAUCAUUAAAUUGUGCUCUAUGAACAACUUCAUCAACAUCCCAGAUUUCAAAUGGUACAACACGGUGCUCAUAGAUUUGGUCGUCGUGUCUUCGGAUUUGAAGGAUAAGACAAGACUGGGAUCCAUGAUUGGCGAACAGAUCAAAAGCGUGAUGCUUAGGGUGCCGGACUUGAGAAACGUGACAAUGACCACAAUCAUCACAAUCUUGACCAUGGAGAAAAUGAACUUGUCCACCGUUUUAAAGGAGUGUGUUUGGUGCUUGGGAGAGUACUCCAAACUAAUAGAAAAUGGUGACGCACUAAUACAAUUGCUAAUCAGGAACGCGCCCCAUUUUAACGCAGAGACCAAAGUUGUUCUAAUCCCAGCCAUUCUGAAACUGUUUGGCUCGUGGUGCAACGGUCCUGCAAACCAAGACCUUCCAAGCAUCAAAAUAGUACUGAAUGACAUGAUCGAUUUUCUGGACACGCUUACUACGUCAAGCUCUUUUGAGAUUCAAGAGCGUAGCAUCGAAGUCAGUGAAAUUUUGAAAUUGAGCUUGGAUGCAGUAGAGAUGCAGGAGCAAGACAAUUCUGAUGAGGGUGGACUGCCACUGCUGCUGUGCGAAGUAAUACCGGGUUUUUUCAACUCGUAUGAACUGUUGCCAAUAUUGGCAGGAACACAAAGGAGGUUACAGGAAGAGGGACAAAUUUCGUCCGUGGACUUGAUAACACCGUUCUUAACACAAACAGAACUGAGCAACAUAUUAAAGGAUUACGAUGAAAUCCAAGAGGAUGGCCUUUCGCAUACGGACCGGCUCAGCGAUCAUGAUGGGAAAUACAGGUCUGAGAGUGAUUUGGACGAUUCUGUGGCAAACGAUGCUGGUAAUGCAGCCGCUGGUGAUGAAGUUCAUGACGAUUUGCAUUUUUUGGAAGAGCAGAGAAGGCAGGAACAGUUGUCAAAUCCGUUCUACUUGACCGAGGAGAGCGAGGGGACAAAAGCCACCACAAAUGAUCUACUGUCGUUAGACAGUAAUGAUUCGAGCAAAAGGGAGGAUUUGACUUUGAUUAAGCUGGCGUCGGAAAAUCUGACAGCAAAUGCCGGAAAGACUGGGGAACGGAAGAAGAGGGGCAAGGCCAAAAGGGCCGUUGUUCUAGCAGAUGAAGUGGUCAUAGAGCCAAACCCCCGAGCUGAUUCCACAACGUUGCACCAAAAAGUCGCCGCACUAAACAAGUCUGAUAGAGGGAUAAACCUUGUCACACAGUCGCAGUUGAGUUCUUUUGAUUUCAGCAAGAAGGGUGACGACAGAGAGUUAGAUGACGCCGAGAACGAGGCCGAGCUGGAAAAACUGAGAAAGAAGUUUGCCGCUCAGUCGCUAGACACUUCGAAUGUCAGUGAGCCCGUGGAAGAUCAAGAGGAGGUGAUCGUCAUCAAGAAGAAGAAGAAGUCCAAAAAGAAAAAGAAAAAGAACGAGGAGGAUGUACCUGAUGAAUCCAACACCGUCCAAAAUGAGUAG